GCUUUGUGUGAUCUUUGAAGUUUAUGUUUAUUUUAUUUUGCUUUUCUGACUGUAUCUCCUUAAAAUGUGUUUGCCCUUAUUUUAUAUCCGUAAAUAGGUCAAAAGCUAUACAAGAUUAUUUUUAAUAAUUAACAAAAUGACCAACUUACAUGACAACUGCUGUGUCUGCUUGAAUAGUAUUUUGAAUCUCAAUAAAGUCUCAAAGAUUGAUGAAAAUGGAGUAUCUCUAUUAACUAAGUUACAGAGCAGCAUUCCUCAAAUUGAAUGGCACUUAACAUUCCGGAUAUGUGAUCCUUGUACAAACCUCUUGAGUAUAGUGCAUACCUUUAAAGAAAGAUGUUUCAAAUCAGACACCAUACGUAAGCAACAGAUGUUACUAAAGCAAGAGCAAGAUAUUCCUGAAUCGAAUAAAUUACUGGAUGGCAAAACUUGUUUAAUCACACAGGAUGAUGAGGCUGUUAAGAGUGACUCAGAUAAUAAUCUAGAAGACCCUGACUACAGCAUUGACGAUACUACUGAGAAUAAUAUGAAUGAAGAACCUAGGAUACCAAAAAGAAAUAGAAAAAGCCUCAACUUUGUUUGUGAGAAGUGUGGCACAAAAUAUGUAUCAAGCACUUUGUUAAUUAAACACUGUAUAUUAGAUCAUAAAAUGACUAGGAAAGAGAUCAAGCCAUUUGGUUGUACCUUAUGUAACAGUAGGUUUGGCAAUUCAUCCAAUCUACUCCAGCAUAUAAAGUAUCACAAUGCUGUUAGGUCAAAUAUGUGCACUUAUUGUGGGAAAGGAUUUAUAACAAAAACUGAUUUAAAUAUACAUGAAAAGCAGCACCUGAAUAUGAGAGAGUACAAAUGUGAGCAGUGUAUAAAAGGUUUCAACACUCAUAAGGAUUUAAGAUCUCACAAGUUAGUAGUACACACUGACCCUCAAUCCUGGAAGUAUUUUUGCAAGAUUUGUAGUAAAAGGUUCCCUAUCAAAUCUAACUAUGACUGUCAUAUGAGACGACAUACAGGUGACAGGAAGUUUGAAUGCCACUUAUGCCAAAAGAAAUUCACAGAUAAAUGUGUGCUUCAGAGGCACAUGCGCACUCAUUCCAAUGUGCGCGACCACAAAUGUCCACAUUGUGAAAAGGAGUACAAAGACAAGAGAGUUCUGCAGAUCCAUAUGGCAAAGAUCCAUGGGAUAGGUAUAGAUGUCAUUAAACUCCCUAAUAGAGAAAGAAGAUAUUUCUGCCAUAUCUGUCCAAAGGCUUAUUAUGCAAAAAAUAAGCUGACAAGACAUCUCUAUACUCAUUCUGGAGAAAAACCUUUCUUAUGUUCUAUGUGUGAUAAGAAAUUCAAUGAUAAAUCUUAUGUAAAGCAGCAUUUGAAAAAAGCACAUCAUAUCAAGAGUGAUGUGGAACUGACUUGAAGACUUGAGUGCAAUAUUAGGCAAUUUGGCAACAAGUUUCUGAUGAUUCUGGAUGGUUUAAAACAGUUAACCAAGUGAGAUUGAUUUACACAACAGUGACGUUGUUUUGACAAUUCAUUUGGUCAACUGAAAUUGAUGAUUGCAAAUAGAUUGAUAAUCAUAGCUAAAACAUGCCUAUAAAGAUUGAUAGUAUGACAUAGAUGAUGUUGAGGGAAGAUUCUACCAAAUGUUAAUUGGCAUAACAUAUAAUCUUUAUUACUCAGUCAAUCCAUAGCUAGAGGCCUGGUCCGCAUCAUCUCUCGUGGAACAAAAUAUAUCAUUGUCACAUAUUAAGAUGUUUACAACUAUCUUAAAAAAACUCGGUGCUUUUUAACAAGAUAUAUAAAGGUCAGACUGUAAUGAUCCGAGGAUAACGUCGUAUAUAGCUAUUUAUACCGUCUACAAUCUGUGUUAUUAUGCAAAACAUGACUAUAAUAUUACUGUUAACAAAGACAGUGUCGUCCAAAAGCAUAAUAGUUCUAUGAUAAGAAGCGGCAAAAUGGUUGACGUUUACCAGAGUUGUGUCAGAUGGUGGCGGCAUCGAUGAACGAUUUGUUUUUUCUCAUUCUAGAUACCAUUUCACACAUUAUGUACCCUACAUUAUCCCUGCUAUCGUUGGGUCCUUGCUUGGGCAACUAUGGAGAUUUUGAGACACCAACUUCCCGGUCGAGUAAUCUGUAUAGUUUCGGCGAUUUGAACAAGCUAUCCAGAUCGCCAGAUCUAACAGCACCGGACUCCUUUCUUUGGGGUUUUUAAAAUGUUACCUUACCAUAACAAACUACGAACCUUGCAAGUUUUGGAAGUUAACAUUAAAGAAUAAAUCACCAGUUUGGAGUCAGUUCAAAUUAUGACAUUACUUUUGCGCCACCUUGUAUUUUUGCUGAUUUUUUUCUAUUUUUACUAUUUAUAUAUUCUAAGCUGUUUUCUUGUUACUUAUUUUACAACUUCCGAUCAACUAUUUUAUCCUACUUUGAUCAUGUCGGUGUUUUUAUAUAAAUCCAACCCUUGACGGUAUUAUGUUACUAGCUAUAAUAUAAAAUUGGGAUCUGAUCAAUGGUUUAUAGACUGUUGAUGCUUUACAUCUGGAUAUAGCAAGUUCAAUUGUUAAUAAGUUUAUUUUUAACACAUAGUCACGAUACAAGCAUCUUUCUCACUACAUAAAAAUUAUAUUAAAUGAAAGUAUCGAUAAAUCUGUCCCAAAUCCCUGGUAUUGAACAAUACAAAAAAACACCUCGUAAUUUCUGUAGUCUUCAUAAAUGUGUUCGCGUAUAUCUAUGCCUAAAAUUUGUUGCCCUAGAUAGACAAAACAUUGCGUUACAUGUUUCUCAUUACCCGCAUGUUUAUGAUGCUCUACCCAGUUCCAUCACCAGUAAGACUUCUUGAAAGAUUUGUUAAUUAAAAAGUGAUUGAUCGUUGUACAGGGUGCGGCAGCAUAACUUCCUUUUUUCGAAACUUAAUAAAACCCAUUGUAUAGUAGACAUAUGCUUAAAGUUUUGUUUAACAUGGUUUUGAAGAUCAAAUCAGAUAGGUGACGUCCCCCCUUCUCAAUUCCCAGAGUACUUUAUAUAUUGGAGCCAAAAACCAGGAUUUGACAUACAUUGAUGCCAUUUCAUUUAUAUUGAAAGUAAUUACUAAUAACAGUGCUAUGACUACCUAUCACCAUUGCUGGAACACAAGGCAGACAGAGUCUUCUGCAACUUUAUGUUACUGAUAAUGCUGCCUUGCUGCUCAACAUGGUAGGCCCAGGCUCUUGUGCCAAAUUACUGAGAUUCUGUCGUGCAGAAAAGCGGGAGAGUUAGAUAAUAAAAGUCUAAAACCAAGGGCAACAUAACUCCCAGAUCCCCGAAUAGAGGAGGUCGUGGUUAUACCUCGUUACCGAACAUAUCAGCUGUAACAUCAGAAAUUCCACGAGAUGAUUCGGACCACAGCUUAAAAUACAUUACACACUGUAGAUAAAAAGUAGUCAGGGCAAAUCCUUCACAUAAUUUAUGGACUCGACCAUCUUAGAUAAGAGAAAAAAGUUUAUGAAGUUUUAUAGGCAUCCAAAAUGAUGUCCAUUACAUUCAUGUUUUGUAAUUAAGUGCAUCACUAUAUUUCGUUAAACAACUGAAGUAUUUCUGAUGCAAAUCUAAUUAAAGCUGCACUUUACUCCAUCUGUUUAAUCGAAAACCAUGGUAGAGAUUAAAUGCAGUUGAACAUUGAUACAAAGUAUCUAUGAAAUGCAAUGAAAGUUUCUAGUUCUACUAGUAUUAUUAUAGUAUUGAUCAAGAAUAUAAAAAUAAGCCAGAUAUGAAUCCACUAGGAUUACAACACCCUAAAUCCACUUUAGCUAAAUGUGCAGGAAAGCAAAAAAACAUUUUAGCUAACUUUUGAAUUAACAUAUAUGACGAGAUAUGCUUUUUAGGCUUCCUAAUAAUCAUAUAUUCAGUAAUAUAAUGUAAAAAUACAAUAUUCUUGAGGCUUAAAGUGGCAAUUUAAAAAAUAAAAUCGGAUUUAGUGCAGUUUGCAACCAAACCAUGGAUUUAGUGGAAUAUGAAACUGUCUAAUAUGGAUUUAGUGGAUUUUGACGUGGACUGAAUUUUAUUUUCAAGAUUUAAUAAUACUAGGUAUGUAGGAAAAAAGUGGUACCUUUAUUUUUAACAAAAAGUAUUGGAACAAAAUCAAAACAAAACAUGUUUAUGAAAUGUUUCAGCAAAAUAAACGGCACGCGUUAAACUGAUUAGCACAUUGGGAAAACUCAAGAGUUAAUUUCGGCAAAGAAAAAAGUGAUGAUCUAUACUACAAUCUAAACUAAUACAUCUGGAACUUCUUCCAUACUUUCACAAAGCUCAGUGUUUUCUGAACUACCUUGCUCAGCCUCUUCUCCUUCAUCUCCGUCAUUGGUUGCUCUGUUUUCUACUAAAUAUUUUUCAAACAUUUUUAUAAUAUCCUAAGCAAGUCAAUCCCUUCCAUGCAGUGCCAUAAUGUUUGGUCAAGAGCUUAGCUACAUCUUGUAGUUGCCACUACCUGUUGGGAGCGGAUUUAAUGAUUCGAGAUUUUUUUUUUGGUUUGCAUACGGUCUUGUAGAAUCCUAAGUCUGACCGAUAACUUUGCUCACCUCUUACUGUGACUGUAUUGUUUCUUCCUUUUUUCAACAGAAACCUUUUCACCAUAUUGAAUUUAAUAUGCCAUUGGGCGGGUGGUUUCAAAACUUCCCUAGUUGCAGACUUCCAGUCAAAAACAGCUACAUCCUUGCUUAACUCCACUACGCAACCAUGUUCCUCAAAAAUGUUGAAAUAUUCUUUGGGCUCUAUGAUUUGGUCCCUGUCGCCUUAUCUUCUUGUCAAUGCCUGCGAAAACCCUAUCUGGAGGUAAAAAUGACUGCCCAACAACUGGAAAGAUCAGUUCGAGUUCUUCAACUGACGAAGUACUUAACCAUUUUAGGCACAUACCUAACAUAAUUGUGUUUUUAUUCUGACCUCCACAUCCAUCAGCCAUGAGUCGUAUUUUCCUUAUGCCAUUAAUAUUGCUAUUAUGCAGCGUAUAAAACACUGCAGACGCAAUCUCGUUAGCUCCUUUCGCAUGUUGGUCCUCCGUCCUGGCAAAUAUUCGCACGUUUUCUGAUGUCAGCUUAGAAUGUGAAUCACCGGUUACAGUUGUGAAAUUAUAAAGAUACAGUUGUCGACUAUAAUACACACUUUGGUCAGGUAUUUUUGGAAGCGUGAGAUUCUUUUGACAGUCAAAACUUAUAGUCAAUAAAUCGUCUCGUUUUUCUCGCAACAGAGCGAAAAAGGCUUUAGCUCGUAGUUUGUGUAUGCGACUUUCGGUGAUAAGCUGUUGUUUUUUUUCUUCGUCUUGUUCUAGUUUAAUUCUUUCCCCAAGCUCCAAACAUUUCGAGCAUACGUCUGUCCGAGGAGACCCAAAACCGAGAUUGAGCUAGUGUUGAAAAUAACUUUCUUUAACUUGGAAGUCUGUAGCGGCUUCUGCUUUAUACAUCUUCCAUAGCUUCCGGAUGCUAAGCUCGCUAGGUAAGUAUAAUCUGGGCAAUGAUUUACUCCGACAGUAGUGAGCUUCAACUGCUUUCAAGGUUUUAAUAAAACGUAUAAUUGCUUCCUUUCUGCUUCGGAACGUUUCUUUAUUUCUGUUCCCUCCUCUAUUUUCUUUGGCCAUGCUUCUGCUUGAAAAGUGUCUAUUUAAAACACCUUUGACUCUAUCCAUUCCUAUACACAGUACGUUUAGAAAAGCUUUAGAACAAACAGGUAUUAUUUUGUGGUUGUAGUUUUCAAUAAAGUAUUUAGCAGAGUAUCUUCUAUUGCUCCUUCCCCUUAUGUUCCUGCGGCGCUUGGGUAUGUCAAUUUGUGAGUACUUUAUAAUAAAGUUAUCUUGACUAACUUUGGAACUAUGUUUAUAAAAGUUAGCAUGAAAGUCUUUAACAUCCAUCAUAGUCAACGUGCGACAUUUAUAGGACUUCGUAUAAUGUUUGCAACUGGGAUACCGUGGCAAACUUGCAGCAGUAUACCUAAAAAAAAAAAAUGUUUUUCAAAAACUGACUGCAUGUUCCUAUGUGUAUCAUUGUGGCCAAAAAAACUGGUAAAAUUUGGAAAACUAAACGCACCCUAUUUUUUUCAGUUUUUCUACCGCAAUAGUACAAGACACACAGACAUCCUAAUAACUAAAAUAAUAAUUAUAUACGCCUGUCAACAAAUAUCUAUGUCGGUAAUAAUAUAACAUAAAACUUGCCUGCUUGAUUUUCUCACGUUUCUCUUCCAGAGCGAAGGGUUACGAGCUCGUUUUCUAGCCUUACCAGGCUCCACAUCUUCAAUUUCCACUACAUCCGACAUUAUAAUAACUUUUCAAACACCCACAAUACUUAUAAAAACAGACAAUGGUGGACACGGACUAAUAUUCACUAAACAAAUUGUCCAUCUGUACUGGUAGAUAAACAUAGCUUAACAAGGUUAUGUCACCGAUGCAGUGUGUGCGCUGGCGCCUCAAAUUCUGUGACCGGAUUGGCUGAACUGGAUUUAGGGGCGUUUGAAAAUUAACAUGGCUAGAUUUAAGGGACUUUGCAACUGAGGUAGCUUUUUGAUGCCAUUUUUACUAUAGAUUUAGAGCGAUUUGUCACUAAAUAGGUAUAGUGAACAGUAAGGAAUGGUUUGAAGAAUAUCAAAAAGUAUUUUACUCAUUUUUGGUCUGAAGUGGAUUUAGGGGGUUUUGAUCCCAGAGGAUUCAUAUGUCUGUUUACUUAUGUUUAAAAUUGAAUGGAAAAUACUCAUCAUAGUCGUUUUUUGUAUAUAUAAUAUAAAAAUCUGUUCUGAUUAAACUGCAAAUUGUGGUUUACUGUUGACCUUCGUAUAUUUGACAAGACGUUAUGUAUUAAUAAACUUUAU